UUAGUCCCUCUCUCUGCCUGCUCCCGAGAAAACAGAGGACGCGUUCCGAUCCAGCUGAAGACUACUCCGCGGUUUCCUUUUCCCGUUCCAUCCCAGCACCACCGCAGCAGCGAGCCAGCAAGCAUGUGUCCCGGCGGCAGGUACGCGGGCCUCGACCUCCCAGCCGGCGCGGGGGACCUGCGGCCGGCGUUCGACGUGCUGGACGCGGACCGCGACGGCCGCAUCAGCCGCGACGACCUCAAGACCUUCUACGCCACCGCCAACACCGGCGCCGACGCCGCCGCCAGCGACGACGACAUCGCGGCCAUGAUCGCCGCCGCCGACGCCGACCGCGACGGCUUCGUGCAGUACCACGAGUUCGAGGGUCUCCUCGGCGCCCCCAAGGGCGCCGCGGCCGCCACGUCCGCGAUGGAGGACGCGUUCCGCCUCAUGGACCGCGACGGGGACGGCAAGGUCGGCUUCGAGGACCUCAAGGCCUACCUCGGCUGGGCCGGCAUGCCCGUCGACGACGACGAGGUCCGCGCCAUGAUCAGCGUGGCGGGCGACGGCGACGGCGGCGUGGGGCUCCAAGCGCUCGCCAGAAUACUCGCCGUGGACUUUGAGGCCGCCGCCUAAACUAAUCGGACGGACUGUAAAGCACUGAACUUGAUUUUUUGGGACUUUUUCCGCGAAAUUUGGUUGGUGGGAUUGGGAUGAGGCGUCAAGUGGUUGUUGAUUGAGCCGUUCUCGUUAGUAGUGAAGUUUUGUCUGUAUCGUACUAGCAGCUGUUACCCCUUAAUUAAAGAAAAUUAAUCCUGCAUUGUGCAA